AUAAUCAAGUCUCAGCUGCAGGGAACUCUGCAGCAGCUAGAGGCCACCAAUCAGCAACACGCCACCAGCUUGCAGCAACUAGAGACCACCAAUCAGCAACAAGCCACCAGCUUGCAGCAACUAGAGACCACCAAUCAGCAACAGGCCAGCAGUUUGCAGCUACUGGAAGGAACUCUGCAGCAUCAAUCAGCAACCUUACAGGAAUACGCCACAUACCUGCAGCAACUUCAAGACAAGGUAACCGGCCUUCGCACCUGCAAGGAACUUCUCAACAACGGCCACAAUACCAGUGGAGUCUACAUGAUCUACCCUGAAGGAGGAGGGAUCAGCCCCAUCCAUGUCUACUGUGACAUGGACACUGACGAGGGAGGGUGGACGGUGUUCCAGAGAAGGCAAGAUGGUUCAGUAGAUUUCUACCUGGAUUGGCAGGCCUACAAGACAGGGUUUGGGGACCUGAGAGGAGAAUUCUGGCUGGGUAACGACAACCUGCACCACCUGACGGCACAGGGAGGGUACGAGCUGAGGGUGGACCUGAAAGACUUCGAGGGAAACUCGGCCUAUGCCAAGUACAGCAACUUCAGGGUGGAGGACGAAGGGAACCUGUACAGGCUGACCGUGGAGGGAUAUUCAGGAACUGCAGGAGAUGGUAUGGCUGUACAUUCAGCCAUGAUCUUCUCAACCAAGGAUAACGGACAUGAUAUUCACGACUGUGCCCAGAGGUUCAAGGGAGGCUGGUGGUACAACCAGUGUCAUCAUGCCAACCUAAAUGGCCUGUACCAUGGUGGAGCUCACCAGUCUUAUGCAGAUGGGGUUAACUGGGGAUUAUGGAAGGGCCAGUACUAUUCUCUCAAACACACGGAGAUGAAAAUCAGGCCUCGUUAGAUCCACCUGGUCUCGGCUUGUGUUUUUAUUUAUGACCAAACCGUGAUUUAGGGUAAUUUAGUAAAAUCGAAUCACAGGGACCUUAACACUCUACCUACUGAUUUCUGUCGAAACUUAUAAACAAUCCAUACAUGUAUGCACCAUUAGAAUAUUACAUGUUAAAUAUGAUAUGGCUACCAUGGGAAACAUCACCAGUACUUAGUGUCAAACGUACAAGACAAAACCUCUUGUUGAAAGGUACCCUGAAAAUAUAUUCCGAUGUACGCAUUGAUAAAAGAAUAAACUCUUCAUUCUCA